AGUAGUGCCUAUGGACCCGGCCAUCACCUACUUCGGGCCCAGCAAAAAAGAGCACAACGUCAUAUGCCAGUACGACCAGGUAUACCGGCAGAAGAGUACGUGGAACCAGAAGCUGCACCGCGAGGACGGUCAGUACAAGCUGGCGGCGGUGAACAUGUGGCGGGAGGAAGCGGAGCGCACGGUGCCCGUGCUCGGUAGCAGCCUGUACGGCCACCGCACCCCCAUCGACACCAUCAAGACCACCCGCAGCCAGCGCAUCCACACGGUGGAGCAGGAGUUCCUACGUCCACGCAACGUGUUCCCUGGUUGCGACCCCUGAGCCGCCUCCU